GUAACCUGAAUCUUUUACAGCUUAUAUUUUUACGCAGCUCCGACUGAGGAAAAUGUGACGUCACGCCGCCGCUAUAGGAAGUGGUGACUGAUUGGCCACGCCCCUGCGGGCUAGGGAGGACCCAAGGAAAGCAGUCAACGUGAGAGAGACGACAGAUUUGAAGCUUGGCCGCCUGGAAGAAGCGUUAGCGGAGACAUUUUCUCCCUUUUAUUCCCUUUAAGAUGGCAUAUCACAGUCCGUACAGAGCCCCGCCGCAUAUCAACACUCCUCCGGACCAGGGUUUUCUGUGGAAUAUCUUCCAGCGGGUCGACAAGGACCGCAGUGGUGUGAUAUCAGACUCUGAGCUCCAGCAAGCCUUAUCGAAUGGUACAUGGACGCCGUUCAACCCAGUGACCGUACGUUCCAUAAUAUCCAUGUUUGACAGGGAGAAUAAGAGCGGAGUCAACUUCAACGAGUUUGCCGGCGUGUGGAAGUACAUCACCGACUGGCAGAACAUCUUCAGGACGUACGACCGGGACAACUCGGGCUUCAUCGACAAGACAGAGCUCAGACAGGCGCUGACUGGAUUUGGUGAGCAGCAAAGCUAUCGUCUAUCGGAUCAGUUCUACGGUACACUCAUUGAGAAGUUUGAUCGACAGAGGAAAGGACAGGUGGCCUUCGAUGACUUCAUCCAAUGCUGUAUCGUCCUGCAGAGGUUAACUGAUGUUUUCAGGCGGUACGACACAGACCAGGAUGGCUGGAUCCAGGUUUCCUAUGAACAGUAUCUAUCUAUGGUCUUCAAUGUAGUAUAACGCACACAAGACAAGCAGCACAGAGGAGCACAACUGGACACAACUGUGCCAAAAAUGGCGGCACUUCCUGGACGUCUGCCAUGGUGGACACUACAAGAUUUUUUUUUUUUUUUACUUCACAAAAAUUUGAUACAAAAGAGAAAAUAUACAGAUUUUUUGUUUUUGUUUGUCAUACAUUUUUUUCUGCAUGUACUUCUUUCGUUGAUGUAUUUAAAAAAAAAAAGUAAAGAAGAAAUCUUGUAGUGUUUUAUUUGAUGACCAAUCUGAUAUAUGUCUGUAUGGAAGUCUCCAUUUUAGGGAUUAUUAUUGACACUGUCUUAUUGUCUGUUGUUGUCGUCAUUUAAAUGUCUUAACUUUUAUUAUUACGGUUUAAAAAAUAUAAUGCAUAUGCAUUGCAUGCAUUUCAGGGUUUUUUUGCCCCACAUGUUCUAGCAUGCUUUCUCUUCUGUUUGUUUAAAGCCAUGUUUACAAAUACUGUGAAAGCAGUCAGCCCUCUACUUAAAAAAUAACUAACAUGCCAGUUUACAUGCCAUAUUUGUACAAAACUAUUUUUUAACAGCAAACAUACCGUUGUUCAAGGAUGCGCAUUUUAGUAUUGCUUAUUUUUUGUGCAUGAUGCCUUAAUAAGACGUGUAAAAACAACACUCAAGUAAAAUCUUUUAUUAAAAAGGACAA